AUGGAAAACAAGAAACCGAUGAAGGUUAUUAUUGUUGGAGGAGCAAUCGCAGGGCUUACUUUAGCGCACUCACUGAAGCGUGCGAACAUCGACUAUGAGGUGAUUGAUGCCUACCCUAUCGCGUCGCCUGUUGGCGCAUCCAUCGCAAUUUUCCAAAACGGAUGUAUGGUGUUGGACCAGCUAGGACUCUAUCAGGAUCUUCGCUCUCUCGUCCACCCUCUCAAAACGAUGAACAUCCGACUUUCGUCAGGCAAACUGCUGGUAGGACCUCCUGCAGGAGCACUUCUUGAACAACGGUUUGGUUACACCAUUUGCCUCCUUCCCCGGCAACGGUUGAUUCAACUGCUCUAUGAUCAUCUCGAAGACAAAUCCAAGGUCCAUGCAGGCCAUGGAAAAAGGGUCAUCCGUGUUGAUCACUCUGUGGAUGGUGUUGAGGUCUUCACGGAGGACGGCUCCUCCUACUCUGGAGAUAUCGUGGUUGGCUGUGAUGGGAUUCAUAGUUCGGUACGAUCUGAGAUGUGGAGACAUGCUGAAUUGAGCCAGCCAGGAAAGCUGCGGGCUGAUCGAUCUACCUUUGUAUCGGAAUUUAGUUGUUUGUUUGGGAUCGCUGAAGCCGUCCCGGGACUGCCACCCGGACAGUCAAAUAUUGUGGUUGGAAAAGCCGUAUCGUUCCUCACUUUUAUCGGCCUUAAUGGCGAUGUUUACUUCUUCCUCUACAUGAGGAUGAGCGAGCGUCACCAAUGGCCCGACUCACCACGGUUUUCCCAAGAGCAAGGAGAAUCACUUGCCAACGCCCAUAUGGGGGCUAACAUCACGGAGGAUGUCACAUUUGGCGAUAUUUGGAUGAAGCGAAAAACUUUCACCUUGCUUCCGAUGGAGGAAGGUGUUCUCCAGGACUGGCAUUGGGGUCGGUUCGCUGUUCUUGGGGAUGCCGCGCACAAGAUGACUGUCAACCUAGGACAGGGUGGUAAUGGUGCCAUUGAGAGUGCUGCCGCUCUUGCCAACGCAUUGAACGAGGCUAACCUAUGUCGCCGAGGUGACCAUGUGAGCCAGGAAGAAAUUGAAAUGGCACUUUCGAACUAUCAAAAAUUCCGCCGACCUCGUCUCACAAGCAUUGCGCGUGCUUCUUAUGAACUCACACGUAUUCAAGCCCUUGAAGGAAUUAAACCAUGGCUAUUUUUUUCGCGGGUCUUCUUCGACAAAACAUUCCUUGCCGACCUUUCCACAGAGCAAUUCCGUGGCACUGUCCUGUUGAAUUAUAUCCGAAGGCCAAUCAGAUUGGACAACAGCCUGUGGCUCCAAGGGGAUAAUGCAUCAUUUGCAAAAUCACCCAGUUUCCAGAUGGUUGCAUGUGUGGUCCUUGUUUUGGCUAUUUCAUGGGCCCUCAGAAAAUGA